UUGUCACUUUGCUGGCCCUGCAUUUGUCUUUAGGGAGCAUAACACUGUUAUCAGAACCCAAUUCUUCCUCACACUGGACAACACAAACAUGGUGCACUUCUUCUUCAACUAUGUUCGCUGUGCUGUGGCCACUACUCUGGCACUAGGGGCCGCCAACAAGAGGACAGAACCCAUCGGCUACCUCAUUCUGCAGGGUUGGGGAGUGACUGAUUACAUGUAAUCUGAUUACUAAAACCCAAACUAAUUAGUUACGUUACAAGCAAGAAUAUUGUAAUCAGAUUACAGAUAUUUACAAAAAAUGAUAUGUUACUUGUUGAUUACUUUUAAAUUCAGAUGUAUACGAAAAAAUACAUUAUGACACCUUGCUGUUUUCACAAUGACAUUCAAUUCAGCAUUAAAAAAUGUGCACAAGUUUAAGUUUGUUCCACCUGAGCGAGUCUGACCACAAGUCAGAGACCACUAUGAUGACACCCUAAAUGUGUUUGAUGGAUUGUUUUUGUCUUCUUCUAAUGCAUAAGGGGAAAGUAAUCCAAAAGUUCCGUUACUGAUUACAAUUUUGGACAGGUAUCUAGUAACCGAUUACAUUUAGAAAGUAACCUACUCAAACCUGCAUAUGUUUUCUCAGGUAUUCUCACUCACUGAUUCUAAAACCACGGUUUUUGUGCCACUUUCUCUCAACUCAAUACUUUUGAGGUGAGGUUUGUUAUAUGGCUUGUGUUGAGAGUUUUCUUGCUUUCUCAGAACUAAUCUACCCCCUGGCUUGUCACUGUGUCUGGGACCAGCAAGGCAUCUUCAGUCAAACUUCCGCCUCCUACCCAUCACAGGUGUGAACCAGUCACAUACCAUACUCAAAUUCAGGAUUUAGGUAUGUAUUAUAAGCAGAGAGAGUAUCUCGUAUUGACCCACAUCUCUGUUCAGGACUAUGUAGGCAUCAAUGUGAUCUUGCUGGGUUGUGCAGCCAUCUCACUGCAGGUUAUAGGAUCACGGGCUUGAUGCUGGAGUCCCCAUUUCAAAGGCCAUCAGAAGACUACACAAGUAGAUUCUGUUACAUGCUUCUGCAUCCACCAACUCCCUGGGGUUUUCUCGCUUGGGCAAAGGACCAUCUUCCAUCCUCUCUCCUCCGUGACCCGGAAACCGAUAAAGGUAGAGUGGUCAAAGAGUGUGUCAAUUCGUUAGUAGGCAAACGGAACAGCGUCCUCCCCUCCUCGAUAGCCACCUUUCAUCAAGUAUACUCAUGUGUAUCCUACCGCAGAAGAGUUUUGAAAUCUGCCCCCCCCCCCUUUGAAUCAGCUUUUGUUUUGUCAGAGGAGAAAAACGUACACACAUUUAACAAUAUGCUACAUAUUGUUUUAUCUAUUUAAUGUCUUGCACAACUAACUUAAUUUGUUUUUAGCAUCCACAUUAAAAAAUACUACAGUACUUACUAUAGAAUUCUGUAGUAAACUGUAGUACAGUGCAUUCGGAAAGUAUUGAGACCCCUUGACUUUUUCCACAUUUUGUUACGUUACAGCCUUAUCCUAAAGUGUUUUAAAUUAUUUUUCCCCUCAUCAAUGUACAGACAAUACUCCAUAAUGACAAAGCAAAAACAGGUGCCUUUUUCUGAGGAGUGGCUUCCAUCUGGCCACUCUACCAUAAAGGCCUGAUUGGUGGAGUGCUGCAGAGAUGGUUGUCCUUCUGGAAGGUUCUCCCAUCUCCACAGAGGAACUCUGGAGCUCUGUCAGAGUGACCAUUGGGUUCUUGGUCACCUCCUUGACCAAGGCCCUUCUCCCCCAAUUGCUCAGUGAUGAAGGACACUGUGCUCUUGGAGACCUUCAAUGCUGCAGAAUGCAAAUGCACUGUAUACUGUAGAAUAGUAUACUACACACUGUAGUAUCCCUCGAUCAUGUGUAGUACUUACUAUAGAACGUUGUAGUAUACUGUAGAAUACUAUAGUAAAUACUACAGUAUUAUCCGCAAAAGAAACUGUAGUAAAUACUACAGUAAUGUAACAGUAAUGUCCACAAAAACACUACACUUUAACUAUAGUAAAUACUACCGUAUUCAAUUUGCAUAUACCGUGCACAUUCCCCUCCCCAUAUCCCAAUUUGUGCAGCCCAUAAGUGAGAAAGCCAAGUAUAGACCAUAUAUUGUGUUCCAUACUUUUACCCAUGUACCAAUAGGUUCCCUUCUUUGUGAGGCAUUGUAAAAUCUCCCUGGUCUUUGUGGUUGGAUCUGUGUUUGAAAUUCACUGCUCGAGUGAGGGACCUUACAGAUAAUUGUAUGUGUGGGCUACAGAGAUGAGGUAGUCAUUCAAAAAUCAUGUUAAACACUAUUAUUGCACACAGAGUGAGUCCAUGCAACUUAUUAUAUGACUUGUUAAGCACAUGUUUACUCCUGAACUUAUUUAGGCUUUAGUAAAGUCCGCAAAAUCACUACAGUGAAUACUAUAGUAUUUAUACCAUAGUAUACUAUAGUAUUUUUUCAUGUGGGCACUUUACACAUUUACUUUGGGAUCCACCCCUGUAAACGUAAUUUGCUUAAUGAUGCGCGAGUGGAGAAGGACCGUCUCAUUUCAAGCAAGCGCAUUCACAUCCACUUUCCCUCUCCUCGAUUAACUUUGACCUGUUUCAAAAGGAGGCGAAAGAGGACGGAGGAGAGAGGACGCAGGAGGUGAGCACAUCUAAUUGAUAAAAGGCGCUUAUGUCUCCCUUGUGUAUGACUGUUCAUAGAUGGCGGUGCUGGGAGGAUGCCUUCAAAUGCUGGGCUUCUUGGGCCUGGUGAUGGGCGCUCACCCCCAUGUGUUGGAUGCUGAUGAAGGCUGGGCACUACAAACCUGCUGCAUGCCGCUUCAAGCGGAGGACUCUACGGACUAUUGGUCCAACGCAUCGACAAGAACUACUAUGAUCUCGACAGCAUGCUCUCUGGGGCCAUUGCUGGCAUGGGUAACCCACUUCGGGGCUUGAAGUUGUUGUCUGUCUGUUCUGAUUGCACAUAAUCCAAGGGGCUUACAUUGACCAGUGCAUUAUCAAUAACAAAGCAUUUCUUUUUACGCUGACUUCAGAGUCCUGUCCUUCCUUGGUGUUUACAGGUGUGAAGAAACCUACAGUACAUGCCUGGUGUGGCAGUCAUGUGUGGGGCCAGUGGUUCUCUCCUCUUUCUCGGCUUUUGCCAUUCCUCUGUGCUGUAAAGGUGGAUAUCUCCCGUCCCCAAAACCCACA